UUCAUGGCUCCUAGUGGGUCGCGGCCGCCCGGGCCUUUUAAACCAUCGCGGCGCCCGCGGGACUCGGCCCCGCCAGAGCCCGGAACCGACGCGCGCGGCGGCGCCAGCGGGUGGGGCAGCUCCGCCGCGGCUUCCGGCUCCGCCAGCCCGAGCGGCCCCCGGCAGGCCACGGUGUCGAGCGCCGAGCUAUCGAGCACCGCCAGCCCGCGGGGCCGCGCGCCGAGCCAUCGAGCACCACCCGCACCACCAAGGCGCGGGGCGGAGCGCCAAGACAUCGAGCCUUCGGGCCCCGCCCACAGGACAGGCAGCCCCGCCCCCGCUCCCGCCGCGCUGUUCAUUCAUGUGGCGGAGGCCGCGCAGGGUGAGGGUCAGCCCAAGGCGGGAGCUGCGUACCCACCACGCGCCGGCUGUCCAGGCGACACGGCAGCACCCACGGCACGCGGACAGCGGGCUAGACGAAUGUUUGAGGGAGAAAUGGCAAGUUUAGAAGCCCUCCUGAAAACCCAGACAAUAAAGGUCCCCAAACCCAUCAAAGUUAUAGACUUGCCAGGGGGCACCACGCUGUUUGUGAUGGAGCACUUGGAAAUGAAGGGUUUAAACAGACAUUCAGGAAAGCUUGGACAACAGUUGGCUGACCUACAUCUUCACAACCAGAAAAUUGGAGAGAGGCUGAAGAAAGAGGGGAACACAGUUGGUACAGUAAACAGCUGUAAGAGUCAAGGGGAAACAGAUGUCCAAUUUGUGGAUCAGUUUGGCUUUAAUACGGUCACCUGUUGUGGUUAUCUCCCCCAGGUGAAUGACUGGCAGAAUGAUUGGGUGACUUUCUUUGCCACUCAGCGAAUCCAGCCCCAAAUGGAUAUGAUUGAAAAGAAUUCAGGAGACAGGGAAGCAAGGGAACUUUGGGCACAACUUCAGCUGAAGAUACCCAGUUUGUUCUGUGACAUGGAGAUCAUUCCUGCUCUCCUCCAUGGUGAUCUAUGGGGAGGAAAUGUAGCUGAGGAUGACUCUGGCCCAAUUAUCUUUGACCCUGCUUCCUUCUAUGGUCAUUCAGAGUAUGAACUUGCAAUAGCUGGGAUGUUUGGUGGUUUCAACAGCUCUUUUUACUCUGCCUACCACAGUAAAAUUCCCAAAGCUCCAGGCUUUGAGAAACGACUUAAGUUGUAUCAGCUUUUCCACUACAUGAACCAUUGGAACCAUUUUGGCACAGGGUACAGAGGGUCCUCUCUCAGUAUCAUGAGAAACCUGGUGAAAUGAUUUCCCACUCAAGCAUAGUAUCUCACUCCCUGCUUGGAAAACCCUGCAUUUCUUGGUGAUGCAACUGAAGUCCUAAGAGCGUUAAAUAGAUCCUUUGACUCCUGCCCUCUUUGCACAACCAAAGAUCUAGAAUUGGUGGGUUAUAGUGGAUCCCAAGAGUGACAUUUCAGUCUUGUUGUCUUAAGAUACUUGUUGCAGGAAUAGUUCUAGUGAGCUUUCCAAGAAAGUAGUUAAUUCCAGAGUUGCAUGAAAAAGCUGACACAGCAAAACUGAUGGUGCACACUUCAGUUGAGGCAGAAUUAAUUAGAAAAAAAACACUUGAGUUCAAGUAUUUUGGAAGAAAGUGAUGGGGACCAGAUGUGCCUCAGAGCAGGAUAUGUAUCAUUAAGUAUACCCACCUGCACAUAACUGAAAAAAUCAGUAGGAGAGUCUCUUUAGGUAUUUAUGCAAAUGCCCGAAAGUCACAGACUGGUUGUUCUAGUUCUUGCUAGCUUGCUCAGAUUCUCUUCAGCUAUGCAUUCCUAGCCUUCUGUACCAAAUCAGUAGGGACGCCUAUACACGAACAUAGAGGCUGCUCUGAUGCAUUGGAAUUCCAGUGCGUCAGAUUAAUCGAGUCAGCUGAAGUGUGGCAAUUGCUGUGCUCCAGUAGCCUCCUGCGUCUUCUGUAUCAGCGUUCCCGCACUUAAAAAUGGUAGUGGGGGCUCUCGAACUAAAGCUCGUAGAAGAAGCUUUAGUUCAAGCGCCCCAGCUGCCAUUUUUAAGCACAGGGAUGCUGAUACAGAAGACGCAGUGGUGCUUUAAUUAGAGCGGCUUUUGUUGCAUGUGUGAAAGCGCCCUCAGAUGUUAACAUGGAACCAAGGAAGGGGACCCAGGAAGUGUUUGUGGGAUAGUCAGUGUUAAUAUAGUUCUGCAGUACUGAGUAGACUCCUCUGCCAAGUUUAUUACAGUGCACUAUAAAGGGACCUUUCAAACGUUCCAGCUAUUUUCAGAGAUUUUUAUUGCAUUUAUUGGUAUGCCCAUAAGUGCCCCUGUCUGCGAGUCAAGCAGCUUCCAGCAAGUUCCUCAGAGCUGUCAAGAAUUUGAUUUUUGAGGGAAGCUGUUGUAACGUGGAAUUUCUUCAAGCAGGGCUAGCACUGCAUGUAGGCAUCCUCGGAGGAGGUACUGUGCACUGUUAUACAUGGUUUACUUGAUGUUUAUUGCUAUUAGUAUCAUCACCCCUGCUAAAAAUAAGGCAAGGUAGUGCUCUCAGAUCAGUGGGUGAUUUUUCACAUGAAUUUCCCCUAAUUCAUACUACUGAUGCCAUAAAGUCGGUCUUAUUUCUGAGAGCUCCCAAAACUGUACUUUUUAGCUGGUGGUACUUAGGCACUCAAGGCCAAAAACAGGUAAAAUUUGGACUGUAAAUGCAUAUAAAGAUAAACUGUCUCCUAAUCACCAUGUCAUUAAAGUAUCUUAAAUUAAAGCAUUAUGUUGCAGAAUCCUAGUUGUUCUGGGUGCCUUCAGGAUAGUAACACUGUAACAGUAGCUCUGCUGUUUUAGGUGUGGGCUUCCCAUGAUAUUUUGACACCAGGACACAAGGUAGGUGAGACAAAUGCAUAGUUUGUAACAAGUAUGUUCAAUAUUUUGGAGUGACUUUAUUGCACUAAAAUAUUUUUUCACUGGAUCUGGUGUCGUGGCUUGCUGAAUUUUUCUGACCACUGGUUUUGCAGUGUAUGUUGAUAUGAAUUGGGAGCAAUUUUGCAAUCAACAUUAAUAUCUCCCCAACUCUACUAGUUGUUUCAUUGCUAAUUAAUUACUGGCUAGCAAGGAAACCUAGACCUUCCUCAGUAGCAUAGUGUUUCAUUCUAUCCUGCUGUCUAAAUAUAAUGUUCCUAAUAUAUAGGAAAAUAAAAUAUUAGUUUCCUAAUUAA